UGCUGCUCCUCCUUGUUCUUUAUCUUACUAUAUUCUGUGAUCGCAGUUCAAUUCGCUGAUCCUCCGAUUCCACUCGUCUUGAUUCUCGAACCUGAGCGCAUUUACUACGAAUCCGAACUUCAAUCUCCUCUAUGUCCUAGAGAACGAUGGCUGCGUCGGCAGAAACUAUCACCAUUCCGGAUCAGUCAAAUAAUAGCGACUGGACUGUUGUUUUGCCUCGUCGUGGCAAGCAGAGGAAGAAUUUGCCGAAGCUCAGAAAUCAAGAGGAGCAGCGGGCGUGGUCUCCCACUGAUCAGGCCAGCGAUACAGUCAGAGAAUCGAAAUUGUUGCAGAAGAUGCAAAUCUGUAUUGAGAAGGUUCAGAGCUCCCAAUUUUAUCAAACCCUUGUUGAUGAUCUCGGAACGAUGCCAGCAUUGGAAUUCUUGAAUAGGGUUUUGGCCUCGGAGCCAAAUAUGGGGAUGGUUAUCUACGGCAUAGGAAGCAUUGAGAAUUAUGAAAAUCCUCGAUUGCAGCUCAGUCUUGCAAUAUUGAUGAAAAGGAAAUUUGGUUGGAUUGGAAGUUUAGAGGUGUUCGAUCCAAUUCUUUCUGCGACCGAGUGUCGGGUAAUGGAGUCCUUUGGUUGUUCCGUUCUAUCAGAAAAUGAGCAAGGGCGGCGAUGUGCGCAGAAGCCAACACUGUUUUUCAUGCCCCACUGCGAGGUAAAUUUGUACAACAAUCUUUUACAGGAAAAUUGGACGGUGGAGCUGUUGAAUCAUGUUGUGCUGUUUGGAAAUAGCUUUGAGACCUAUGAGGAGUUCGUAUCAGAAUUCAAAGGCUCACAACUUGUUGAUUCGGCGAAGUACGUCUUGGCCACUAGAAAAUUCACAAGCGAGAUCAAGAUCAAGACACUUUCAGAUGAUUAUUUUGGUGCUUUCCAUAGUUCAAGUUGGCAAUUUUUCAGCCCUGUUUCACCAACAGAGCUGCAAUUCACAGAAUUUUAAGGACAUUAUCUAGUGAGUGGAACAACAGUCAGGUAAAUGCUGUACUGUUAUUAUUGGACAUGGAUUUUGUUCUUUUCCUGAUGAUCUGUUAUCUAAAAAUUUUGGUAAAUUCCAAAUAUAGCAAUGUUUAUCA